AGGACAGCCUGUGCCUGAAGGGAAGGGAGAGGCCGAAAGUCCAGCACUUGGCCUCCAUAAAGAGUUUCUCAGACUGAAGUGACAGUGUUCGCAGUGGUUACCCCAACUGAGAACGUGCGGCUUUCCACGAGCUGGAAGCAGAGGCCUGCUGGAGGAGGUAUUAGUGGUUAUUUGUGCUAAUACUGGAAAGAGGAAUUCCCCUAGGAAGAAGGAUGAUUCUUUUUGACUGCCCGUAUGAUGCCACCUAGGCUGCUCUUCUAACCCGUAGCAUGGAAGCAGAGUGACCCUGAGAACAACUGGAAAAGCUGAAGCUGCAGUGGUGGGUCUGAUGACUCAUUUGUUGUGUGAUGGACUUCCGAUUUAAGUAACUAAACAUCAUGUCUGACCCUGUUGUUCUGCGUAGCAUCAAGAGAUUGGGAGAGGAUAACAAUGCUUUUGACUUGGAUGGCAAAUGUAACAGCUUCAAGAAAUCAGAGAAUUUCUAUACGUAUGAAGAACCUUUUGUAGAGAAGAAAACUGAAAAGUCACCAGAAAAGAAAGAAAACACUAUUCGUAUUGGCUUCUUUCAGCUGUUUCGAUUUUCUUCAUCUGUGGAAAUUUUAAUGAUGGCUGUUGGUAGUUUCUGUGCUAUUGUUCAUGGAGCAGCCCAGCCAGCUGUGCUACUUGUGUUUGGUGCAAUGGCAGACACAUUCAUUGAAUAUGACAUUGAAAUGCAAGAGCUUAAAGACCCACUCAAGAUAUGUGUAAAUAACACCAUAAUGUGGAUUAAUGGUACUAUUCAUCAGAAUGAAAAGAAUGCCACAAUAAGAUGUGGGCUGCUGGACAUUGAGCAAGAAAUGACCAAGUUUGCAGGUUACUAUGCAGGAAUUGGUUGUGCUGUACUGGUGUUAGGAUACAUCCAAAUCUGCUUUUGGGUUAUGGCUGCAGCUCGUCAGAUACAGAAAAUGAGGAAAGCUUAUUUCAGGAAAGUAAUGCGAAUGGAUAUAGGCUGGUUUGACUGUACAUCUGUAGGAGAACUGAACACCCGCAUUUCUGAUGAUGUUAACAAAAUUAAUGAGGCUAUUGCUGACCAAGUAGCAAUCUUUAUCCAGCGCUUAACCACUUUUGUGUGUGGAUUCUUACUGGGAUUUGUCAGUGGCUGGAAAUUGACCUUGGUUAUCAUUGCAGUCAGCCCUCUGCUUGGGGUUGGAGCAGCUGUCUAUGGCUUGGCUGUGGCAAAACUAACAGGCCGAGAACUAAAGGCUUAUGCAAAAGCUGGAGCUGUGGCUGAUGAAGUGCUCUCAUCCAUCAGAACAGUGGCUGCUUUUGGUGGGGAGAAGAAAGAAGCUGAAAGAUACGAUAAGAAUCUGGUGUUUGCUCAGCACUGGGGGAUUCGAAAAGGAAUAAUAAUGGGAUUGUUCACAGGUUAUAUGUGGCUUAUAAUUUUCCUGUGUUAUGCAUUAGCCUUUUGGUAUGGUUCUAAACUUGUCCUUGAAGAAGAAGAGUAUUCACCUGGAACUCUUUUGCAGGUUUUCUUUGGUGUUUUAGUAGGAGCUUUAAAUCUUGGCCAGGCAUCUCCCUGUCUGGAAGCCUUUGCCACUGGCCGUGGGGCUGCAGCAAACAUAUUUGAGACAAUAGAUAAAAAACCCGCCAUUGAUUGCAUGUCAGAAGAUGGCUACAAGCUGGAUAAAGUACGAGGUGAAAUUGAAUUUCAUAAUGUAACAUUUCAUUACCCCUCCAGACCAGACGUAAAGAUUUUGGAUAACCUUAAUAUGGUUAUUAAAGCAGGGGAAACAACAGCUUUUGUUGGAGCUAGCGGAGCUGGAAAAAGUACAACAAUGCAGCUCAUCCAGCGUUUCUAUGACCCCACUGAUGGCAUGAUUACCCUGGAUGGCCAUGACAUUCGUUCCCUUAAUAUCCAGUGGCUACGCUCACAGAUUGGUAUUGUUGAACAAGAGCCAGUCCUGUUUGCCACCACGAUUGCAGAGAACAUUCGCUAUGGUCGGGAUGAGGCUACCAUGGAAGACAUAAUCAAAGCAGCCAAACAGGCCAAUGCUUACAAUUUCAUCAUGGACUUGCCACAGCAAUUUGACACUCAUGUUGGAGAGGGUGGAAGCCAGAUGAGUGGAGGUCAAAAACAGAGGAUAGCUAUUGCUCGAGCUCUUGUACGAAACCCGAAAAUCCUGCUGCUGGAUAUGGCUACAUCAGCACUUGAUAAUGAAAGUGAAGCUACUGUCCAGGAAGCACUUCAUAAGGCUCGCUUUGACCGCACCGUAAUCUCAAUAGCUCACCGCCUGUCAGCCAUCAAAGCUGCUGAUGUCAUCAUUGGGUUUGAGCAUGGAAGGGCUGUGGAGAGAGGAACUCAUGAGGAACUCUUGCAGAGGAAAGGGGUUUAUUUCAUGUUGGUGACCUUGCAAAGCAAAGGAGACAAAGCACUUAACAGGGAAGACACAGAAACAGCAGAAAAUAACAUGGUUGAGCCAAAUCUUGAGAAAGUCCAGUCAUUCGUCAGAGGAAGCUAUCGGGCCAGUUUGCGAGCUUCACUUCGGCAGCGCUCCAGAUCUCAGCUCUCUAACAUGGUCCCUGACCCUCCAUUAUCCAUUGCAAGAGAUCAUGCAGAGUCUAUAUAUGUUAUGCCUUCUUAUGGAGAAGAUGAUGGACAAGCAGAAAAGGAAUCUGUUGCAGUGGAGGAAGAUGUCAAACCUGUACCAUUUACCAGAAUUUUGAAAUACAAUGCCUCGGAAUGGCCGUACAUGGUGCUGGGAUCUCUGGCGGCAGCUGUGAAUGGAGCAGUCAGUCCACUCUAUGCUUUGUUAUUCAGUCAGAUUCUUGGGACCUUCUCCAUUCUUGACGAGGAAGAACGAAGAACCCAGAUCAAUGGUGUCUGCCUGCUCUUUGUCUUUGUCGGAAUUCUUUCAUUUUUCACACAGUUCCUACAGGGAUACACCUUUGCCAAGUCUGGAGAGCUGCUUACAAGACGGUUAAGGAAAAUUGGUUUCCAGGCUAUGCUAGGGCAAGACAUUGCUUGGUUUGAUGACCAGAAGAACAGCCCUGGUGCUUUGACUACAAGACUUGCAACAGACGCCUCGCAGGUCCAAGGGGCAACUGGAUCGCAGAUAGGAAUGAUUGUCAAUUCCUUUACCAACAUCGGCGUGGCCAUCAUCAUUGCUUUCUACUUCAGCUGGAAACUGAGUUUAGUUAUACUGUGUUUCCUGCCAUUUUUGGCCUUAUCUGGAGCUGUGCAGGCUAAAAUGCUGACGGGAUUUGCCUCUCAGGACAAGAAAGCGCUGGAAGCUACUGGACGGAUUUCCAGUGAAGCCCUCUCUAACAUCAGGACUGUAGCUGGGAUAGGGAAAGAGAACAUGUUUAUCAACAAUUUUGAGAAGCACCUGUAUAUGCCCUAUAGAGCUGCAAUCAAAAAAGCGCACGUUUACGGACUCUGCUUCGGCUUUGCCCAGAGCAUAGUGUUCAUUGCCAAUGCCGUCUCUUACAGAUACGGAGGGUUUCUAGUCGACGCUGAAGGACUCCAUUACAGCUUUGUGUUCAGGGUGAUCUCUGCUGUUGUGACCAGUGGCACUGCUUUGGGAAGAGCUUCUUCCUACACCCCAAACUAUGCCAAAGCCAAAACAUCCGCUGCGCGCUUUUUUGAACUGGUCGAUCGGCUUCCUGACAUCAGUGUUUACAGUGAAAAGGGGGAAAAAUGGGAUGACUUCAAGGGAAGCAUUGAAUUUCUUAACUGUAAAUUCACAUACCCUUCUCGGCCUGAUAUUCAGGUCCUGAAAGGACUCUCUGUAGCUGUUAAGCCUGGACAGACUUUGGCAUUUGUUGGAAGCAGCGGCUGUGGUAAGAGCACCAGCGUCCAGCUUCUGGAGCGUUUCUAUGACCCUGAGACAGGAAGCGUGUUAAUAGAUGGACAUGACACGAAGAAAAUAAACGUACAGUUUCUUAGAUCAAAAAUUGGAAUAGUGUCCCAGGAGCCUGUGCUAUUUGACUGCAGCAUUGCUGAUAAUAUCAAAUACGGCAGUAACACCAAAGAGGCAACGAUGGAAGAAGUCAUAGAAGUGGCCCAGAAGGCUCAGCUGCAUGAUUUUGUCAUGUCACUGCCUGACAAAUAUGAAACUAACGUUGGGGCUCAAGGAUCCCAGCUGUCUCGUGGACAAAAACAACGCAUUGCUAUAGCGAGGGCCAUCAUACGAGAUCCUAAAAUUUUAUUACUGGAUGAAGCUACAUCUGCCUUGGACACAGAAAGUGAAAAGACUGUGCAGGCGGCACUGGAUAAGGCCAGAGAAGGGCGUACCUGCAUUGUCAUUGCCCACCAUUUGUCCACGAUCCAGAACGCUGACAUCAUCGCUGUGAUGUCGCAAGGACUCAUCAUUGAAAGAGGCACUCAUGAUCAACUGAUGGCCAUGGAAGGAGCUUAUUACAAACUUGUUACUACUGGAGCCCCAAUCAGCUGAAUUACUGUGAUUCUGAAUUUGAGAGAUUUCUUUUCUGUAAGCAAAUACUCUGCGGUAGGUAUGUGUACGCUGGUACCACAUUGUGCUACAAAGUGCUCUACAACGCUGUGAGUUCUGUGGUACCAGAUGUGUACGUAGCUUCCUGCAUCCAGCACACUUGCCAGGCACAUGCAGGAGCCUGAGCAUAGGCUGAUGCACUCAGUAAGUAGCUUAGUCCACUGCUAAGGGAAAGAAAGCCUGAAAAUGGGAAAGAUCUUUGCUGGUGAGUUGCGGAAUUGCCACCACCUGCAGUCAGACUGCACAGCCCUGUCAUUCCUCAGCUAGCAAUCAAGGAAGACUCUGCUCUGGUGUUCCAGAAACCACCUCUGCUCUAGGUAAGCUGUAUGAACAGAAACCAAUCCAAGAACGAUGCUGUGUAUCUCAAGGGAUCAAAUCUCUCCUAACAUUUGGCGUGCACAGGAUUACAGCGAUACCCUCCCCCCUCCCCCCCUUCACACCAAACACACCAGCUGUGCUGUCAGGGGACACUGGGCUGCCGCUGUGCGUGGCUACAGCACUGACCCCCUGGUGCCCUGAGCCUGGCACAGCUGUGCCCCUGCAACAAAACCAGCAAGUACUUACAAAGAGGGCAGCUCCACGACAUAAGGAAAGCAAUCAAGCAGAGGAACAGAAGCUGGUGAGGAUCAUUUCCCCUAUCCUCACCGCUCUGGUCAAAGCUGUCAAGUAAGUUUUGAGUAAGAAUAAAUGCCAUAGUUAAAUCAAUGUAAAAUCCUCCAGUUAAUCAUCACAGUUAUUUAAAUCACUUCUAUUGAGCGCGUGAUGGGUAAUGUGUUCCCUUUUUUUCAGAAGGCAAGACAGUGAGGUUUUUUACAGAAAUUAUAAAUAUAUUCAGUAACGGUGGAAAAAAAUAGCCAUAAUUAGCUCUUUGUAUUAAGUAGAGUUGAUAAAUACAGCAACAAUUCAUGCAGAAAUGACAAAGGGCAGUAAGUAUCUCUUUCUGGCAGAAGUUUGCACCUGCUGUAAUGGUUUAUUAUAAGGUCUAACUGCAUGUUUAUCCGAAAUAUGUUAUUGGCUACUGUCUGCAGGACAACAGGACUCUCCUUUAGUGAGGGAUCUUGGAGAUAAAGCAGACAGAGAGUCUAAAUCACAAAUUUAAAUCUUCAUUUUGAAUAAUAGAGCAUUAACUGGAAAAGUCAUUCUCCUUGUCCUAAAAUCAGCAGCUGGGAGUGGGGGUUCACCCAUUUUACAACAGAUCACACCACAAGGGAGUUUCUUGUAAAAUUACACAAAUUACACAACAGUACCAACCGCUGAAACUUGAAUAGAGCUGUAAGGGUGAAAAUUUGAUUAGGCUACAUCCCUUAAUUCCAGGCAGAAAAAAAACCCAAUUUCAACUUUUGUACAACUCCAUUAAUAAAUCACUUCAACAGACCCUACUGCAAUCACACAACUGACACUGAAAUGAUAUUUUCCCAAGAAAUUCUGUAUUUUAAUCCUUAACUGAAAAUGAAGAAGGAAGCUGCAUUAUUUGCCUUCUGUUUUAAUCUUUUUAGACUUUUUAUGUUUCAGGGCAAUAAUUAAUUGGGAUGUCUCAGGACUGAAACUAUUGACAAGAGUGACUAUCAAUAUUCAAUUUAUAUCAGUAAAAUGACAACUCGAGAGCAACUUGAACACAGGAAAAAUCCUUGUCAUAGCUGUCUUUGUUCUUCAUUAUUUACUUCUAGACCCGUUAGCUUAGCAAUUUUGCUUAAGGGUGCACAACUACAGAAGAGACUGGUUUCAGGCCAGCUGCUGCAGGGAAAAACGUUCAGAGAACUAUUAAAGAAGAUAUCAGGAGAUGCAUAAAGCAGAAUAUUCCUCAGACUGUUAAAACCAGAUGAUUCAUUUUCUGAAGUCAAGGUAGUCUUAGCAGGCUCUUAAGUAAGGAUGCCUGUUUUAGAUUUGCUUCGGUAAUUUGUAUCAUAUUCAUCCCUAAGGGCCAACUCAAUCUAUUCACCUUGUUUUCGCAAUUAAAUAAGAUUAUUUCCAUUUCAGUUAUCCUACAACUAACUAGAAGUCUUGAAGCUACAUCAUGUUUACAUCUUCUAACCCUUAUUGCUAUCAGAUGGUACAUACACAGCCCUCAUUACCCACAUUAUAGCCUAUGCUGCUUGUAUACCAAGUAGUAUGAGAUGGUAUCAGCAAAAUAUUGCUUAAGUAUUGCUUAAAGAUAGUCCUAAAAGCACUAUGCAACAGUAGGUGCUAAAUAGUGAAUAAGAUGGGAAAGUACCUGCCUUUGCCUAUUCAGAGCAUCCACUUUAUAUAGCAAACAUGUAUUUAAUAUUAGUUAUUUGUGUGCUUAGGUAGAUGAAGCUGACAAUAAUAUAAACUUCCAAUGACUUAAUCUGCAAUGACAGUUUCAUGAUUUACACAACUAACAACAGUGAUUCAGGCUUGUGACUCUUGACCUGAGAAAAUCAAACUAAUUUACCUUUGCAAUGCAGGAGCAUGAACAACACUCUUGAGGUGAUAUGCUGAAAUAAUUUCAUUAUUGACAACUUUCUUCAUCUGCUGCUCUGUGUAGGUGUACAGAACCCAAAGAUUUGUUACACCAUAUUUAUGCUUUUUCAAUAUCAAAGGUGUGAUCUGUAACAUUCAUGACUUAUGUAAUCACUUUUCAAAAGUAAAAAUGACAAAACCCACACAGCAAUGCAAAAAUAUAUUCCACAGAGUCUAAUUGAAAUAAACUUUUAUUUUUUUCUUA